AUGUAUGUAGUGCGAAUCCUCCUAGCAUCCUUAGUGACUACAGCUCGAGCACACAUGUCGUUGUGGUGGAUAAGGGAGUUCAACUUUCCAAUUGGAUGCUGCAAUUCUCAAGGAGAGCCAACACUGCCUUCCCCUGGCGAUUGUCGUGGUCAUCUUGCCCUUCUAGAUACAGAGGAGGGCAGACCACAAGUCACAUGGGAACCUGGCCAGGACGCUUACUUUAAGUUAUCCGACUACAUGUAUAGUAUCGGUGUUCCAGGAUCAACUCACUACGGUGGAAGCUGCCAAAUUGGAUUCUCUGUGGAUAAAGGUCAGACAUGGAAAGUCGCGGCUUCAUAUCAUGGGAACUGCCCUCACAGGGACAAAGACAUGCCACAGGUGUUUGAAUUCAAAGUCCCGCUAAACAUACCAACAGGUAUAGCAGUCUUUGCUUGGAUCUGGUUGAACCGUGAGCAUGAAUUUUUCAUGAACUGUGCAGCAGUUCAGAUCAGUUCAGGUUCUAGCAGUGCCACCACGCGCACUUACACAAGCUUUAAAACUGUCCCUACAAAACCUUCUACUGCACUGUUAGAUCCUAGUAACGAGUCACUAAGGGGAGGUGAGCAAGAUAAAUCUAGCGGCUGUGAUGAAGACUCGAUAGCCUACAGCAAUUCGUACGGGGCAAAGCUGGCUAGAAGUGAAUGGAGAUAUAUCAAGAAUCGUCAUAGUAGGAAGCAUUCUAGGCAAAACUACCAUAUUCACAAAUCCAACGUCUUAGCAUCGCCUAAAAAGCUCCAUCGCAGGUCAGAAAACUUAGCUUCCGAUGUUUGCGAUUGGAACACCGCACCUAGGAUGGAAACUAGCUACUAUUCUGUAGAUGCACAAUGUGCACCUAACGCUAAACUAAACAACCUAAAGAGUGAUGACUUUGAGAUUGGCUGGGGCGAUGCGUGCGGCGUCGUCGAGGGAGACAAAGUGUACACUAUUCAGAACAUCGAGUGUUAA